AUGGAGAAAGAAGUUGUUAAUAAACAUUUAUUAGAUAUCACCAGAACAUCUGAUCUUAUUUCAUGGUCAAGGAAUGGAUCUAUUGCAUAUAUCCCACCUACUUCAACAUCAAACACGAAUUUAUUAUUAACUUAUAUUGAAAAUGUUAAUGGUGUCACCUGGCAAUUAGCUAAACCAUUACCAAUUAAUAUUAAAAUAGAUAAUAGUAAUAAUUUCUUACCACAAUUAUCCUUGGUUUCAUGGAGUACUUUAAGUACCGAUUUAGCCAUCUGUGAUAUUUAUGGGAAUUUCUAUAUUUUAUUAGCUGGGGUUAGAUUAUUAGAAAGUAAAGAUGUAAUGUCACCAAGUUUUGAGUUGACUUCUUUUAAUCAUAUGGAAAUGAUUUAUAGAGAUAUCAUUAACAAUGAUAUUAAUUCACCAGUAAACCCCGGAGCUUCAGUUAUAGCUUAUAAAUGGUUAAAUAUUGAAAAACCUCAAAUUUGGAACAAACCAGCCACUAGGGUUAAUUUAGAUUAUCCAAAUAGUGAUGGCAAUUCAUUCAUGUACGCAUAUGGAGUAAAUCAAUAUCAACCACAUGGAGUAUGCCACCCCAUAGCAACUAAACAAGCAAUAUUGGUAUUGCGUAAAAAUGGACAAUUGAUGUUGUAUUAUCAAGGGGAACAUAAAGUGGAAUAUCACAAGAUUUCUCAUAAUUUAACUGAAGAAUUCCAAAUUGUUGAUAAAGCAGGUAUUGGAUUUACUAAUGACAAGCAGGUUAUUAUAACCACUUGGGAUUCAGUGACUAAUAAUAUCAGCACAUAUUCAGUUGAAAUCAAUUGGGGAUUCUUGACAGAAUCUGCAAAAAGGCAAAAAGUUGAUGCUCAUUAUCACACUCCAAAGGAAUCCCAGAAACCUCCUAAAUUGACAGUUAAGAAAAUCCAUCAAAUGAAACCACAGGAAUUUUACCAUGAAGGAGAAGAGCAAUAUGGGCAACUGUUCAAUGUCACAGAAUUAUCGUCAAUAGAUAUCAUAUCAGCCAAUCCAGAUUCAAACUCAAAGUUGAGUAUAUUGAUAACAUAUGAUUCAUCUGUUAUUUAUAGAUACUCAUUAGAUCAUGCCGUCGUGUCAGAUGUAUUCACCGGUUUAGGUCUUCAAAAAAAUGUUCAAUGGCAAGGUCGAGAGUCUAGAACAAUCACAUUGAGGGAUAGAUUGAUUCGAAGUGGUGAAAUUGAAUCUGUUACAGCUGGAUUUUUGGAUUAUACAUUUUCAAUUCUUUACAAGGAUGGUACAAUCGAAGUUAUAGAUACGCGUACUUUGAAAAUUCAAAAUAAAAUCACAGAGGAUACAAAACCAAGUCAAAUUUCAUCAAUUUUCGAUAUCGGAUUUGAAGUGCCUAAGCUUGAUCAUACAAAGCCAUUGAUUAUGGCAGUAUCGCCUAAUCUGGCAGCAGUGGUAUACACAGAAGUUUUUGCUGAUUCCCCAAACUUGAAACUCAAGCCAUUUGAACGAACCAGGAAUUUGGGUAACGAGCAAGGUGAAUUGUAUACGACAGCAGUGGGUUUUGCAUAUUGUCACGCUCUUGCAUUAUAUUCAAGUACUGGAUCUGAUGAUUUGAUUAUUUUGAUACAACUGGAAGCGGAAAGGUUGAGAAAAUUAAUUGGUGAUAAUGAUAACAAAGAUCUAGAAUUGGAAAUUAGGAAAUUCAUCGGUAUUGUUAUAACUGAAUGUCACAAAGCUAUCAAUUUCCAAAUUGAUGGGUAUAGUAAAGACGGAAUUGAAAAGUUGUUAUCCAGCAACAAUGCAUCAUUACAUAAAUUGCUUUCAUUACAUUUUAUUCUUGGUGAAGUUCAACAGAACCACCAAGCAUCAGAUAUAAACAUGAUUAUUCUUCACUUACGUAGCACAAGUCUUGGAAUUAUGUUUUCUUUAUCCAAUAUCUACCGACAAAUAUCUAAAAAGAAACCAAGCGAAGAUUCUUUACAGGAUUCAAUCAAUCGUGGUGAAUGUAUUAUAUCCUUAUUGGGUAGUUUUAAAUGGUUGAUUGACUUACUUGCAUAUCUAAACCAGGAACUAUUACAGCUAACCUAUAUGAAGAAUAGCAAUUUGAGUAACAGUAAAUUAACAUUGAAGAAUUCCCUUGCCAUUCCAAUAAUUAUGGGGAAAGUACCUCGAUUAUUCCUUGUGUAUGCAAUUACUUCCAUGGGAAGAACUCAUGAAAUUUUGAAGAAAUUACAUAAGGAUUUGACUGAUUCAAAUAAAUUAUUUACACCAAUGAAGGAAUCACUCAAUAGAUAUUUUUCCAUAUAUAAUACAGCUCCAAUAACUGUCAAUUUAUUUGAAAAUUUUCUUCGUGAAUGUGAUGCUUUAUGUACAAAAGAGCUUUCAGCCAAAUUUAAAAACAAAGAACAUGCCUUGCGAUGUGAACAAAAAUUAGUAUGUCAAGGUGAACUACCUGAUGAAUUUAUUGAAGUUGCUCAGAUUUUACUUGAUAGAUUCACAUUAACCAGUUCUAGAGAAAUCAAAGUUGCGGAAUUGAUUCUGUAUCCUACUGAAUGGUUAGAUAUUGGAGUAAUGAGGAAUAGAUUAAGAGUUGAUCCAAGACAAAUAAUCAAUGAAACACCAGGAAAAAUAAUUCCAAGAUGGUCACUUGAUUCAGAGCAUAUUGAUGCAUUGAGAAAGACUUUUAUUUAUGAUGAAGGUGAAGAUUUGAAAGGAUUGAGACAAUGUACUAGAUGUAGAGCUAUUUCUUCAGUAACUGAUAUUAGUAUUUUCGAUGCUCCUUUACAUGUUGGGUUAUGGACAAUGUUGUUCCAAAGAAAUUGUAAUUGUGGAAAUCCAUGGAUAACAAAUUUGUAA